GUCUCCGAGAAAUGCAUAUGUCGUGGAUAGCCUGCUUUUGCGAAUGCGUGAUAAAAAGUAAAGCCGCUUUUUUUAUAUCACAGCUCAAAAAAACACACGAACGAGGUGACGUAACCGCGUGGUAGAGCCGACCGUUGCGGGUUUUUUGAGCAUGCGCGCUGGCUCAGCUGAAGGACAAUGAAGGCUGCUGUGGUGUCGAGUAGCCGAGGAGCUUUUCUUCAACAUUUCUUCUGCGUAUUUGGCUUUAGAAUGGGUCGUGUGGUACGUGGCGGCAGACUUGUUGCUGUCAGCUGUAGUUCGUGUGAGUGUGAGCGCAUCUGCGCUGUUUUCUGAUGAACAAUUCGACCUCAAGAGUCAACACCGAACAGCCUGCCUGUGUUGUCACUCGCUUUCGUUUUACAGUGGAAAACUCUUUCUCUCCGGAUCUCUAGCUGGACUAACGUUAACUGCUUUCAAGCCAGGAGGGCAGGCUAUAGACUUUUAGCUCAGGAGCAGCCGCCAUAGGAAUUUCUUGUAUAAUGUCUGAAGUUAACAUUGCAAGAAAAAAAGAGAAGUGUGAAAAUUGCACUAAACAGUGCAAUAAGAAACAGAGUGAUGAUGCUCUGAGAUCACUGCAGGAGAAAGGCAUCAUCAAUGGAGAGGUGAGCGGACAUACUCUAGCCCAGCCAGUGCUCCUGAGUGCAUGCCUUUCUUGUGAUGGCUGUGUGUCUGAAGAAGAGAACAGUAGAAUCUCUCAACAGAAUCUGCAAGAAAUCUACCAUGUCCUUGCCCUCAAUAAGAAAUGUGAUGCCUCCAAGCACAAACUGCUAGUGGUGUCUGUGUGUCCCCAGUCCUUGCCUUUUUUCGCUGUCAAAUUUCAUCUGGAUAUCCCAGAGGCUGCACAAAAGCUCUGUGGCUUCCUGAAGAGUGUGGGAAUGAAAUAUGUGUUUGACACCACACUGGCUGCAAGUUUUAGUAUUUUGGAGAGCCAAAAGGAGUUUGUGCAGAGAUAUCGCCGCAGGCAUCAUGACACACAUGCUAUGCCAAUGUUCACCUCCUCUUGUCCAGGAUGGAUCCGCUAUGCAGAGCAUGUGCUUGGAAGUCUGGUUACUCCACACAUCUGUACAGCAAGGUCACCGCAACAAGUCAUGGGCUCUCUCGUCAAAGACUACUUUACCAGGCAGCAGAAGCUGACCCCGGAGCAGGUAUACCAUGUGGUGGUGGCUCCCUGCUUUGAUAAGAAGCUGGAAGCCGUGAGAGAGGAAUUCUACAGCAGCCUCCAAGAGAGCAGAGAUGUGGACUGUGUGCUUACCUCAGGAGAAAUACUGCACAUGAUGGAGCAGAGUGAUGUGUCCAUGGAGGACAUUGACCCUGUUCCUCUGGAUCACGUGUUUGGUGAGAUCAGUGAUCCCAACUUAAUGAGGCAUGAUGGUCGAGGCUCUGAAGGCUUUCUUGAGCACAUUUUCAAAUAUGCAGCUAAAGAGCUAUUUGGCCUGGAUGUUCAAGAGAUUGUAUACAAGACACUCAGGAACCGAGACUUCCAGGAGGUGGUGCUAGAGCGUGAUGGAGAGACGCUGCUCCAGUUUGCUGCAGUCUAUGGCUUCCGGAACAUUCAGACACUCGUACACCGCAUGCGGAAAGGCAGAGUGCCCUACCAGCUAGUAGAAGUUCUGUCCUGUCCUGGAGGCUGUUUGAGUGGCCGUGGCCAAGCAGAGGGAGAAGGAGGCAAGCCUGACCGUGCCCUGGUCCAGCAGAUGGAGGAUGCCUAUAGUAGCCUGCCCGUCCGUCUCCCUGAGACCAACCUUGAAGUCCAGCGACUUUACCAGGACUGGCUGGAGGGCCAGGACUCUGUAUGUGCCCAGCAGACCCUCCACACAAAAUACAGCAACCACACACAGCCCCCCUCACAAACUCUGAUCCCUGAUAUACAGUGGUGAAAAACUAAAGAACAUUUAAAGGGACCAUUUAUUUCCUGUAUGCCUGGAGAGAUGCAGCAGUGUUUAGUGAGCAGCAAACAAAAAGUUCCAGGAAGAAAUCAGGAUCGUGCUGUGAUCACGCCGGCCACAGAAACACUGCAGAAUACCUGUUAAAAGAGACCCAUCGCAUGACCUGAAAGCAGCCGAUACAGGCCUCUUUUUUUUUUUAAAGUUAUGUAGUUUAUUUGCUCGUAAAUCUUCUUCCACUGCUUAUAAAAGAUGUAAUGAAUGACCAGAAAAGUGUUAAUCUUAGUGAUGCAGGUAAGAGGACAAUAGCAAUAACAUAGGGCAUUGACCAGCUAAAAAUAAUAUGACCAUCAAUUAAAUUAAUUAUAGGUUUGUAUUCGGACUGUUUGUCUGGGAUGGUUCUUACAAUAACAAGGAACAGAAACAAAAAAUGAUAAAACCUGAUUAUGGAUGCCAAAAUAUAAUAAAAAUAACCAAUCCCUGA